UCCCAAAUAUGCGGACAUGUAACCUAAAUAUAAAUCAGGAAGAGGAGGUUUUUACAUAAAAGCAGCAGCCUUCUCAGGUUUGAGUGCACACAGGAUCACACCCGGCAACACAUCAGCACCAUAACGAAGAGGUAUCAGUGCAGCCCCUUCAUCAGCCAUGAAUUUCUCUUUUAAUGACAGUGACUAUGAUAUAGACUACUCAGAUGACAUGUGUGAAAAAGACAUGGUGGUCAAAUUUGGAUCCAUUGCUACACCAAUUUUUUUUUCUCUUGUCAUCGCACUGAGCCUGACAGGAAAUAUCCUUGUCCUUGUAAUCCUGGGUUUGUAUGAAAACCUUAAAUCCCUAACUAACAUUUUCAUCCUCAACCUUGCCAUCUCUGACCUUGUCUUCACUACCGGUCUUCCCUUCUGGGCCAUCUACCACAUCUUCGGAUGGAUCUUUUCUGAACUCAUUUGCAAGAUUGUUACAUUUGUCUUCUUCACUGGGUUUUACAGCAGCAUCCUCUUCCUGACCAUCAUGACCAUUUACAGGUAUUUGGCCGUGGUCCACCCUCUCUCUGAUCUGAGCACUCCGAAACUCAGGACUGGAAUUUUUCUGUCUUUCCUAAUGUGGAUGGUCAGCAUUGCAGCAGCCAUGCCCUCCCUGCUCUACAGCUCCCUCAUCUUGAUUCACCACAACAAUAAAAACUCCCUGGGCUGUGAAUACAGUGCAACAAAAUGGAAAAGCAUCGGUAUCUCAGAGCAGAAUGUUUUCUUCUUGGUUGCAUUUACAGUGAUGACUUUCUGCUACAUUCAGAUACUGAGGAGAAUCACAGGAGCAAAAUCUCACACAAAGAACAGAGCUGUCAAGUUAGUCUUAUGUAUUGUGGCUGUGUUCUUUGUGGGCUGGGUGCCAUACAAUGUGGUAAUCUUUUUGAAGGGUUUGGCUGACAGUGUGAUUGCACCAUUUGAUGACUGUAAAGUGAGUAUUCAUCUUGACUAUGCUUACCAUGUGUGCCGGCUCAUUGCUUUCUCCCACUGCUGCUUGAACCCCGUCUUUUAUGCAUUUGUUGGUGUGAAGUUUAGGAGGCAUUUAAAGACAAUUCUGCAUCAAAUGCUGAGGCGGCGAAGCCCAGUUGAGGAACAACAAGUUCGAAUGCAAAAUUUGAUGUCACAUGGAUCAAUGUAUUAGUAGAUACUUGGUUUUUGGGGAGUUUAAUUUUCUUCUUACACAUGUUGCCACAUUACAGAUUGUCAACAAUACUGUAAGGCUUUUGUUAAUUUGAUUGAAUCAAAUUCAUUUCUAUGAAGAUUACUGGAACUGCUUUAUAUCUAACAGUUUGUAGCAACCUGCACUGAAUUUGUAACUUUUGAUGUCUUUUAUUGUAUAUGUCUGUGCCAAACAUUUAUCAUGUUUAACAUCUGUAAAAUAGUCAAUGUAAAUGUAUUUGAUCAUUUCAUAGUUUCCAUGGACAAAUAUUGUAAAAAAAUCUUUAUAAAAAGUACAAUUACAUGUUUAAUUUUACAUAUAUUAUAUUAUAUAUAUAUAUAUUACUGCUGUAAUUAUUUUAUUUUGAUUGUUACUAUUUGUGUAAAAAGCUAAAAACAGAUAAAAGAUGAACAGAAUUAGUGGAAAGUAACAAUAAAUGCAGAUAAUACUUUGGGGUACGCCUUUAAAGGCUUGAGCCCCAGCACAAUAUUGCAAUAAAUAAUACACUUUACAAUAUUUGCCAGUACCCAUUUUGCAUAACUGUAUUAAUUAAAGUAAUGUAUUAUAAGUAAUGUAUAAGGUUGAUAAAAUGCUUAAUCUAAAAAAAAAAAAAAAAAAGUGAUCUAAAACUGAACAGUAACAUCAGCAACUAAACCAACCAAACCACUGACACCACAGCAACGGAACGUGCAACUAAUACUAUUCUCUGUGGAUUUCCCUGUCAAGACAUUAUAUUCUGGCUGAAAACCACUGAAGGUUUUUGGGCUGAGAUGUUAGAGCUCACCACUGCCAUCAGACAACCAACUAAUGAAGAGUGAUCCUUUAGAAGAACGAUGUUGCAUCUCUAAAGCAGAAGUCCAGUGGCUUGUAGAAUAAAAUGUUUUGGAGCAUUUAUGAGGUCUGUGGUCAACAAACACCUAAUAGCAUACUUUGUGUGUGUGUGUGUGUUUUAUCAUUUUUUGAUUUAUUAUAAUUGUCACAAAUUAUGAGAAAUGCUAACUUACUUAACAUGAGAUGAAAUACACACAGGCCUGUAAGAAUUAAGUGGGUAAAUAUGUGAAAAACACACACUCCGCACUCACCCCCUUGUGUGCAUGAGCACUUCAUCUCUCAAGCUUGGGUCCUUCUAGAUGUUGCUGUCAUUUGGAAUGGCUACAUCUAUCAUUACUACCUUCUUCCUACCUUUAUUCUGCAUUACUUCUUGAAGGAUUUUCCCCUUAGGGGCUUCCAGCCUGUACUUGGUGGUGGGAUACUCCUGCACACUAUUCCAGUCGCUAAGUUAUGGCAUUCCACGUAUGCCCCCCUGCCUCUAUCACUCAUGCUCAGUGUCUGCUCUAAUGUGAUGAUGAUCAGUUCCCUUGUAAUUUCUUUCACACCAGCCUCUACUCACCGAGGAGACUUCUUGUCAGCUACUUCUUCUGUCUGUCUGUGGUACACGCCAUGCAGGGGUUUGUUCUUCCAUGAUGGUUCCACAUCCUUUCCCAGCACGGGGAAGAAGGAAAUAAUAAAGUACACUGUUUAUACUUUACAGUCAUAAUCAGAGAGACAUAUCUCAUGUAUAAAAAAUAUUUCUGCUUUUCUAAUAUGUGAUUUUAUAUUUUUUUUAUCUUGGACCCAGAGUCCAAUUUGGAUUUGGAUAUUAUGCCACAUUGGGUUUUACACGAAAGUCUCCUUGCUUAAGGCUCGUUUCUUCUUUCUAUUGGCUGUCAAUCAUAGACAUCACGCGAAAGCUGUCAUUUGUGGAAGGUUUCAGUAGAAUAUCUGAAAUAAACCAACAUAUUUACUUUUUCUCACCACCGAUCAUUCAGUUACUGAGUAAUUGACAAUUCGGCUGUAAAAUAUGUAUCAAAUAUGAAGUAAACUUUUGUUUUUAAUGAGUAUAUUCCAAAAUGAAUCACCUUUAGAGGGAUAAUUUUAUUCACAAUCUAGGACAUUUAUAUAACCUUAAAAGAAGGCAUAAAAUAUUGGAUUUAGGGUCAGCACACAGUCUAACGGUCACAGUCAGGGUUACAUCACAGAUUAUCAAAUAUGCAUAGACUACCAUUUCAAUAACUGCUGAGAAAUAAGGUGAAAAAAAAUUAAAUGACAUUUUUAAGUGAAAUUGGAAUGUAAAAACUAUUUACAGAAGACAAUAACAUGUGGUUUUUAAACUGGACAGAAAACAUUUUUAGUAUUUGCUUGUGCAUAAGUAAUUAGAUGAUGCUCUGCUGGGGUUAAUACAAUGCACCAAGUCCAGUUUGAUUAAAUAAAUGAAAGUAAAGAAGGGUUUAAUGAGGGAUGUGGUUUACCUGUACAGAUUUGAAUCUCUCUAAAAAAAAAAAAAAAAACAAGCAUGCAAUUUGAAAUGCCAUCUAUCUUUUGUUUUUUGUCUUUUGUUUUAAGCAUUUUGAAUGAAAAAUAAUUCAGAUUAAGCUCAUUUAAACAUAUAUAUUUUUGUAUAUAUGGGUGGGGAUUAGAAAGCAAAUCACUUUGCAGGGAUCAGAUCUGUUUACCAGAGCACUCUGCAGUACAUGUUUUUAAUGUUUUGUUUGCUUGUUUGUUUGAGCAGUGGACCAUCUUCAGGUGUAACAAAGCAUUGCAUGGAAACAUUGAUAUUUUACCAUUAAUCAGGUCUCAAAUGGAUCUUUAAUGCCCCCUUUCAUAAGAGAACUUAGUAAUAUUUGAUGUCAGUGAAUCAUAAUCACAUUAACACUGGAAUAAUUUCAAAAUGAUUUAAAACUAAUAUUACUGUAAUCUUCCUUUAAGUUUUCAUGUCUUUAUGUGUUGGAGGAGAAAUUAUAAAUUUACAUGUAAUACUAAGCUCUGUAUCAGUGUGCAUGUCUAAGGUAUUAUAACUGAUCUUCUUUUCAAGGAAAGUAGAAAAAGGUUUCUUUUUCUUUUUUUGUUUGGGGCUGAAAUAACAACUGUUUUCAUAAUGAAUUUGCUUCUCUGAUGGAAUGCCUGUGU